ACUGAGUACAUGUGGAGAUAAUGAAAGAAAAAAUCUGUGUGAAUUUUAGUCAUCUGAGAAGUUGUAAAGAAGUUGUCUAAAUCAUUUUCCUAAUCCACUGACAAAUUCAAACUGUUUUGAAGAUAAGAAUAACAUAGGAAGUUUCCUCCCACCUCAGACUCUGCUGUCAAUGAUUAUAAAAGAGGCAAUCCUUUAUAAUUGCCUCGACAGGAGGAGCCAGACUCAUUUUCUUUGUAAUACGUUGCACUUGAGACUUUAAGCCAUGGGCUGCAGCAAUUCAACUCCAAUGAAAACCCAGAAAGAGAAAACAACUGUUUUUCUCUCCAAGGAAAUGACCUUCAGGAUCCCUGGUCUCAUAUUUGAUCAUGAGAGAAAAAUUCUGUUGGCCUUUGCAGAGAAACGAAAAUGUGAAAAAGAUUCCAGCAGCGUGGCUCUUGUCAUGAAAGCAGGAAACCUGACUAAAGCCGGCAACUCUUGGGCAGUUGAGUGGUCAGAUUCUAAAGAAGUCGUGAAGAAGAAAGAUCUGGGUGGACACCGCCCUAUGAACCCGUGCCCGAUCUACGCAAAGAAAAGAAACACCAUUUACCUGUUUUUCAUCGGGGUUAAAGGAACCACUUCAGAAAGCCAUCAGAUAUGUUGGGGCAUCAACGAGACUCGUCUGUACUACAUCGCAACCAAGGAUGGCGGCGAAACCUGGAGCGACCACGUUGAUCUGACUGAGACACUUCCUGAAAUAAAGAAUUGGGCAACAUUUGGUGUCGGACCGGGCCAUGGUAUUCAGAGCGAGACUGGUAAACUGAUCGUCCCUGCUUAUGCUUACCCUUCCUGUUCUAGCUGUUGUAAAAGCUGCCGUAGCUGCCUGGCUAGUUUGUUUUGUUGCUGUGAUUCCUUGUGUUGUACAAAGUGUUGUCCUCCUCCCCAUGCGCUCAUUAUUUGUGGUGACAAUGUGGAGAACUUCAAAUGUGGAAACAUGCUGGAACAAACAUCACUUGAAUGUGAAAUAGCUGAGACGUCAACUGACCAAGCCAAGAUGUUGUACUGCAACGCUCGAAGCCAGGGAGGCUUUCGGGUCGAAGCGUUCCUUGAUGAUUGUGAGGGUGUUCUAGCCCCGUCUAAGCUUGUGGAAACAAACUCAGGCUGUCAGGGGAGUGUGGUCUCCUUCCCAGCUCAACCUGAGGAAGACGGUUCAAAUCGGGGAACUCCGUGGCUGCUUUACUCCCAUCCGACGAGUAAAUGCAAAAGAGUGGACUUAGGGUUGUAUCUAAACAAAUCCCCAACAAAUCCAAGUGCAUGGAGCAAUCCUUGGAUCAUAAACGAGGGACCCAGUGGUUACUCCGACCUGACUUACAUUGAAGAUGGCUGGUUUGCAUGUCUGAUGGAGUGUGGAGAGAAAACUUAUACUGAAGAAAUAGCAUGUUCACUGUUCUCCUAUGAUGACAUCCAGAAAGGCAUCACAGGGUAAAUGUGACUUCAAAAAAAAAAUGUGUAUGAAGGGAUGUUGUACCAAACAGACAGCCUGCUCAUUUUUCACCCAUGACGAUGUCCAGCAGGCCAUUCCAAAGUAAAGGUCCAUCCUGUUAAAGUGACAUACCAUCCAUCCAUCCAUCCAUCUUCUUCCGCUUAUCCGAGGUCGGGUCGCGGGGGUAGCAGCUUCAGAAGG